UGUGUGCGUGUAGUGUGUAUGUGCCUCCUCCUAGGAGACGUGGUGGUUGUUGCAAGUUACAUAUACCUGGAACUGUAAUAUCCAUAUUGGACGUUACAGGUGGUGUUCAGGCCUCAGGGUUUUCCCCUGGCAUUUAGUCCAUAUAGUCGGGUGUUAUAAAGGAAAACUCAUUAAUGAUUAGUUCAAUGCUUAAUUUGUGAUAUGACAUUAAUGUUGAGAGUUUAUUAAUAUGGCAAGAGUCUUACUUAGGGACUCAAAUGAUGAUAAAACUUUAUUUAAAUUGAAUAAAAAUAGUUAUCUGUGGACCGUGAUCUGCUCUGCCGGUAUAAUUCUGUUGUAUUUCCCUUUGUCUAUCGGUUUGACGUUUUAUCAACAAUGGUUCCUGCAGAGAUUUCAUUACCCGUUGAUAGUGGUGAUGAUACACCUUGUAACAAAGUUUCUUGUCGCUGCUUUGGGCCGAGUUGUGUGGCAAACAUGGCACAGAAGACAAAGGGUUUUAUUGGAUUGGCCGACUACUCUGAGAAAGAUAGCCCCAAUCGGAUUUGCCAGUGGCUUAGACAUAGGUUUUUCUAACUGGGGUCUUGAAUUCAUCACGGUGACGUUAUAUACUAUGACAAAGUCUUCUACUAUAGUAUUUAUUCUCAUAUUUUCAAUGCUACUAAAGCUAGAGCCAAAGUCCUGGUUCUUGAUGGUAAUUGUUGGGAUGAUAUCAGGUGGGCUGUUUUUAUUCACUUAUCAUUCGACUCAGUUUGAUUUACAUGCUUUCCUUCUACUCUUGUUUGCUUCUUUAUCAAGCGGAAUUCGAUGGACCAUCGCCCAAUUCGUAAUGCAGAAGACAGAUCUCGGGCUGUCAAAUCCUUUGGAUAUGAUAUACCACACCCAACCCUGGAUGUUCCUAUCAAUUCUUCCUUUUAUGAUUGUUUUUGAAGCCCAUUUGGCAUUAAAUGCCUUAAGUUCUCUUGAACUAACAAAAGAUUCCAGUUUGAUUUGGAGUACAGCUUUAUAUAUUACAUUAGGAAGUUUAUUAGCAGUCAUUAUGGAAGUCAGUGAAUAUCUGAUUGUUUACCAACUAUCAAGUCUUACUUUAUCUAUUGCAGGGGUAUUUAAGGAAAUAUGCACUUUAAUUCUAGCAAUUGAAUGGAAAGGAGAUGUAAUAUCCAAAUUAAAUUUUGAAGGCCUUUUAUUGUGCGUUGGAGGGAUUAUUUUACAUGUUGUACAUAAAGUAAUAAAAGGAAAAAAGGAACAGGAUUUGAACCUUCACAAACCAGUAGUUGAUGAGGCCACAGCGCAUUUUCUUGCUGAGCUUUCAACAUCAUCUGAUGGAGAGGAUGAUGCCAGAGAUGAUUCUUCAACUGAAGUAUUAUUUAGUGUUUUACAUAGCAGGGACAGAUAGUUCAAUCUUUAAUCAAUGUAAAUAAUUUUGGUCCUUGUAGGCAAUUAUCAAAAACGUUAAAUCCCUUAUUUGUUCCAAGCCAUCUGAAAUUAAGUGCUAAUGUGCUUUAUUUAUUUAUUUAUUCGUUCAUAACUGUUUCUUCCAUGUGCACUAAAUGUCAAGGCAUUAUUUAGUUAUAACAAGAAAAGUAAGCAAUUUUAACAAUGCUAAUAGCGAUAAAAUAAAUGUAAAUAAAUAGCUGGAGCGUGAACUAUAAAUAUUUUAAAAAUGAAUUCAAUAAAACAUGAAUCAAGAAGUCAUAGUAGUAUGACAGUUUAAAAAAAAAAUUGGUGAGAUUACCAUUUCCCAGCUAAUAAAUUAAAAUAAUUAUAAUUUUGAAAUUCAUAAUGAUUGGAUGGAACACAUACGGAAAAGACAGAAGUCCAAUUUUUAUGACAAAAAAAUUUUUUUUUGCUUUUUGAAUACGUAGCAGAUUAAUGCAAAUCAUAUAUAUUUGGAACCUGUGAUGCUUAAAAUUAGACCUUUGUUUAAAAAAUG